AUGGUGAUGAUGAAUGAAGAAACAGACGAAGAAGCAACGAGGCAGUGCCGGUGGACAGAGGACGAAUUACAAAAGAAGCGGCAUGCAAUUUGCCAUCGAGGCACUAGGGAGAGAAGCUGGGCAGACUGGCGCGAGAUAGGCCUGGGCUGUCUGAGAAAUAACGAACGUGUUGCCGAAGAAUCCCUGAUCUUCGCCGUUCGUGUUGACGGUCCUUGCUCGUCUUGCAGCGGCGACGGUGGGCCGGGGGGGACAGGACGGGCAGUGCUAAGUAUGUUCGCCCGCACAUGUUCUUUUGCGACGCGGGCAGUCAAGCAAGGGCAGGUCAAGGGCAGGUCAAGGGUGCACGGCGUGACCAGUCAAUUGUCGGGCACGUCGGGGCUGCUUAGGGGAGCGAUCGGCGGCGGUAGCAGCGAUGGGAACGGCGAGGGUGCAAUCAUGGACCUGUUCGCGCAAGACACGGGAAGCUGGCGCGGCGAUCGAUUUCGGCUGCGGCGCCCAGUCCAGCGGACUCAAGCCUUCGCCUUCGCCCUCGCCCUCGUCCUCGCAGCUCGUCUGUGUGGGCGACGGCAACUGUGA